AUGGCUAGGAAUGGUAUGGGUGCCACAUCGCAAAGGCUAUUAUAUAUCUCCCCGUUGGCUGAAUUUAUUCUCCAAACCGAGGCACCUGGGGGAAUGAAAGUGCCUAAGUACACUAAGUUUGGGGGAGAAUCUGAAUUGUCUAGUAUUAAGAGAAGGUUUGCUGAGAGUAUCGAUGAUUAUCUGAAUAGAUUCAAAUCAUUAAAGGCCAUGUGCUUUACGCAAGUACCAGAACAUGAACUUGUUCAAAUGGCUGCUAGGGGGUUAGAUUAUUCCAUUAGGAAGAAAAUAGACCCAACUUUUGUGAAGAGUAUGUCACAAUUGGCUGAUAGAGUUAGACAUCUCGAACGACUAAGGUUAGAAAAGGUUAGACACAAUAAGGCUAAGAAAGAAAAAGUAAUGUUCGUCGACUAUGACGCGACGGAUCCAAUAUAUGAGGCUGAUUAUGCCUCAUCGACUGAAUUAGAAAUUGACGUGGCUGAGUUAAAGCCAGGAUCCGCCUAUGAGUGUCAAUCAUUACUUCCUACGCAAGGGAAAAUUCCUAUCGAAAACAAUCCAAAAUUCCCUUCGAAAACUUAUACAUUUGAUAUGACAAAGUGUGAGGAAAUUUUUGAUUUAUGUGGUGUUGUCACCGACAAAGUAGUUGCUGAAAAUUUCCAGAAGCUACAAUUGGGCAAAAGCAAAAGAAGUGGGCUAAAUAGAGAGCGCCAGAAUGAAAGAGUCCCAAAGAAGGCUGUGGAAAGUGCUCAGGCGAGGCCUAGGAGCUUCGUACCACCGAAAAGUGUUCCUAGAGGCACCUGGGUCAAGCCUCAGGGAAAACAAGAAACCCCACAAGGGGUUGCUGCUGCUAGAUGA